AUGGAGAAAUCAAAACCUUCUUCUUCUAUCCAUCAUCUGUUUCUGUAUUAUUGGGUAAUAAUAAUCAUAUCAAGCUCAGCUGUUCUUGUGAAAUCUUUAUCUUCUGAUGGAGAAGCACUUCUUUCACUUAUCAUAGAUGUUGAUCCUUUUGCAAAAUCAUCUUCCCCUGUUAUUUCUUCAUGGAACCCAUCAAAUGAAAACCCUUGUUCAUGGCAAGGGAUUACUUGUUCUCCUCAGGAGAGAGUAAUCUCUCUAUCUCUCCCAAAUACAUUCUUAAAUCUCUCUUCUUUACCAUCACAACUCUCAUCUCUCUCAUAUCUUCAACUUCUCAAUCUCUCAUCAACUAAUGUUUCAGGCCAAAUCCCACCUUCUUUUGGCUAUCUAUCUCAUCUUCAUCUUCUAGACCUCUCUUCAAAUUCUCUCACCGGACCCAUCCCGCCGGAGCUCGGUCUCCUCAGUUCACUUCAGUUUCUGUUCUUGAACACAAACAGAUUAUCCGGGCAGAUACCACAAACACUUGCCAACUUAUCUAACUUGGAGAUUCUCUGUUUACAAGAUAAUCAGAUUAAUGGGUCUAUUCCUUCUCAGUUAGGUUCGUUAAUCUCUCUUCAACAGUUUAGGGUUGGUGGAAACCCUUUUCUCACCGGAGAAAUCCCGUCUCAGCUUGGGUUUCUAACAAAUCUGACAACUUUCGGCGCCGCCUCGACUGGACUUUCCGGCGUUAUACCGUCGACAUUUGGAAACUUAGUCAAUCUUCAAACGUUGGCGCUCUAUGACACUGAUAUAUUCGGAUCUAUUCCGCCGGAGAUUGGGUUUUGUUUGGAAUUGAGAAAUUUGUAUAUUCAUAUGAAUAAACUUACCGGUGUAAUCCCAUCUCAACUGGGUAAAUUGCAGAAAGUUACCAGUUUGCUUCUAUGGGGAAACUCACUCACCGGAACCAUUCCGGCGGAUUUAUCAAACUGUUCUUCGCUCGUGAUUCUUGAUUUGUCGGCGAAUGAAUUAACCGGAGAAAUCCCAUUUGAUAUCGGGAAACUACCUGUUCUUGAACAGCUUCAUUUAUCUGAUAAUUUAUUUACAGGUGUAAUCCCAUGGCAGUUGAGUAAUUGCACAAGUUUAACCGCUCUUCAACUCGAUAAGAACCAAUUCUCCGGCCAAAUCCCAUCGCAAAUUGGUAACUUGAAAUCAUUACAAAGCUUCUUCCUUUGGGGAAACUCUGUUUCCGGUCAAAUUCCGGCGAGUUUUGGAAACUGUACUGAACUAUACGCUCUUGAUCUCACUAGAAACAAUCUUUCCGGGUCAAUCCCAGAUGAGAUUUUCGGGUUGAAGAAAUUAAGCAAACUUCUCUUGCUCGGGAAUUCCCUCUCCGGCGAACUCCCCGGAGCCGUUUCACGUUGCCAGUCGUUGGUUCGUUUAAGGUUAGGCGAAAACCGGUUGUCUGGUCGGAUUCCGAAGCAGAUUGGUGAAUUGCAGAAUCUUGUUUUUCUUGAUUUGUACAUGAAUCGAUUCUCCGGCAGUUUACCAUCUGAAAUCGCCAACAUUUCCGUUCUUGAGCUUUUCGAUGCUCAUAACAACUUCAUCUCCGGCGAAAUCCCGGCUGGGUUAGGUGAGCUUGUGAACUUAGAACAGCUUGAUCUUAGCCGGAAUAGUUUCUCAGGUGAAAUCCCUUUGAGUUUUGGCAAUUUCAGUUAUUUGAAUAAACUCAUACUAAACAAUAAUAUGCUCACUGGUUCUAUUCCACAAUCCAUUAGAAAUUUACAGAAAUUGACUCUUCUUGAUCUGAGUUUCAAUUCAUUUUCCGGCGGAAUUCCGCCGGAGAUCGGUUUUAUCUCCAGCCUGACUAUUAGUCUUGAUUUAAGUUCAAACAGGUUUAAUGGGGAAAUACCCGAGUCAUUUUCCGGGUUGACCCAGUUACAAUCAUUGGAUCUUUCUAAUAAUAUGCUUUAUGGAAAGAUAACAAUUCUUAGUCUACUUACAAGCCUAACUUCCUUAAAUGUUUCAUUGAAUAAUUUCUCCGGGCCAAUACCCAUAACCCCGUUUUUUCGAACUUUAGGAUCGAGUUCAUUUAUAGGGAAUUCCCAUCUUUGCGUUUCCCUCGACGGGUCGUCUUGUUCGACCCGUUUCGAUAGAAGAAACGGGUUUAAAACCGCGAAAAUCCUAGCUUUAACCUUUGUGAUUCUCGCUUCAAUUUCGGUCACAUUUGUUAUUGUAUGGAUAAUCUUAACUCGAACAAGGAACAAAUCAUUUAGCUCGACGAUUUCCACUUCAAAAGACGAUUUCGCCUAUCCUUGGACGUUUAUACCGUUUCAAAAACUAAACUUCACGGUUGGAAACAUCUUGGAAUGUAUCAAGGACGAGAAUGUAAUUGGAAAAGGUUUUUCGGGUGUGGUCUAUAAAGGCGACAUGCCAAACGGGGAAAUGGUAGCGGUUAAGAAGCUAUGGAAAACGAAGAAGGACGAGGAAAUAAUUGAUUCUUUCGCGGCGGAAAUUCAAAUUCUCGGGCAUAUAAGGCAUAGGAAUAUUGUUAGGCUUGCCGGGUAUUGUUCAAACAAGAGUGUUAAGCUUUUGCUUUACAAUUACAUAUCGAAUGGAAAUCUUCAACAAUUGUUGUUGAGUAACCGGAGUUUGGAUUGGGAAACGAGGUAUAAGAUCGCGGUUGGGAUUGCUCAAGGGCUAUCGUAUCUUCAUCACGAUUGCAUUCCCCCGAUUCUACAUAGAGAUGUUAAGUGUAACAACAUAUUAUUGGAUUCGAGAUUCGAAGCAUAUUUAGCCGAUUUUGGACUCGCUAAACAAAUGAACUCUCCCGAUUAUCACAAUGCCAUUUCGAGAGUAGCCGGUUCUUAUGGUUACAUUGCUCCAGAGUAUGGAUACACGACUAAUAUUACGGAGAAAAGUGAUGUUUAUAGCUAUGGGGUGGUACUACUCGAGAUAUUAAGUGGGCGAAGUGCGGUUGAUGGACAAGUUGGAGAUGGUCUCCACAUUGUGGAAUGGGUGAGGAGGAAAAUGGGGAGUUUUGAACCGGCUUUGAUGAUUCUUGACCCGAAAUUGCAAGGGCUGCCCGAUCAGAUGGUUCAAGAGAUGUUACAAACGGUUGGGAUCGCGAUGUUUUGUGUGAACUCGACGCCCGGGGAACGACCCUCCAUGAAGGAGGUAGUGGCUUUGUUAAUGGAAGUGAAGAGUAGUGGUCAGAUUGAAGAAUGGGGAAAAACUUCACAGCCUUUGAUUAAACAAUCCUCAACUCAAAGCUGAUGUUUUUGGUUUUGGGAUUCUUCUAAUUUUUCUUGGUUUGUUUUUGUUUUUUUCUUUCAUUUGUAGUAUCUUCAAGUUUCAAUAGUGUAAGUGGAGAGGUUUAUGUACAUAUUUAGAGACAUGACU